GAUCUUGAAUUCAUAUUGGUCAACAUUCGAAAUAAGAACGAACUCCUAUCAACAUGUAUAAGUUCUACGUUGAUAUGAGCUUCCUAUAAUCAAAUAAGAUGAAUUUAUAAGUAAUGAUAAAUUGAUAAUCAUUUUCAUCUGUGUGUUAUUUGUCCAACUUAAUAUAGAUUUUCAAUAUAGAUUGAUUCGAGAAGUAAUAAGUAUGUAGUGUAAUUAACUAUAGAAAGCUCCAUGAUCAUUUGGGUGAGCACAGAUCAAGUCUAUACGGAUCAAAUUGUAUCGAAACGAACUAGAUCCAACAUAUUCAUACAAAUAAUCUUAAAUACCGAAUCAACAAAAUGAACCAAACAUACACUUUUGAUCCAAUAGUGAUCAUCAAUUUUUUUUUUAAUUAGAUCCAAUCCGAUUCUAAAUCGAAUCGAUGCUAAUGAUCAUUGAUCAUUAUUUGGUGGAGCACCGGAAAAAGAGUUUAGAUGAUCAUAAUUUCGGUUAACUCAUCGUCAUCGAGUACCAAAUAAAAUACAUUUUCCCUAAAAAAGUUGGACUUUGCCCAACAAUCGUCAUAACUGAUAAGAACAUAGCCGAGGGUGGACUAGCCGGUGACAUCGCUUCGCUGGCCUGCUCUGUUCCCUUAACCCCUUCCCGCUGGCCGUAAGCUUUUGUUGGAAAUUUCCAAUUUCCAAUCGGGAACUGGAAUCCGUGCCACCGCCCAUGAAUUAGAUCAAACCGAAGACGCACGAAGGAAGAGGAGAGGAGAGGAGAGGAGAGAGAGGGCUAGAAUGGCGAUUCUCUACGCGGUGGUUGCUAGGGGGACGGUGGUGCUGGCGGAGUUCAGCGCCGUCACGGGGAACACGGGCGCGGUGGCGCGGCGUAUCCUGGAGAAGCUGCCAGCAGACGGCGAUACCAGGAUGUGCUUCUCGCAGGAUCGUUUCAUAUUCCACAUACUCAGAUCCGACGGCCUCAGCUUCCUCUGUAUGGCCAACGACGCCUUCGGAAGGAGAAUCCCAUUUUCAUAUUUGGAAGACAUUCACAUGAGGUUCAUGAAGAACUAUGGCAGGGUAGCUCCGUAUGCACCUGCCUAUGCAAUGAAUGAUGAGUUCUCAAGGGUGUUGCAUCAGCAAAUGGAAUUUUUCUCUAGUAACCCAAGUGCUGAUACUCUGACUCGUGUCAGAGGUGAAGUGAGUGAGCUCCGCACAGUUAUGGUUGAUAACAUUGAGAAAAUACUGGAGAGAGGUGACCGGAUUGAGCUCCUCGUUGAUAAAACCGCGACAAUGCAAGAUGGCGCAUUCCACUUCAGGAAACAGUCUAAACGCCUUCGCAGAGCUCUAUGGAUGAAGAACGCCAAGCUUUUGGUGCUGUUAACGGUCUUGAUAGUCCUGUUGUUGUACUUCCUAAUCGCUGCUUUUUGUGGAGGCAUCACUUUACCUUCAUGCAGAUCUUGAGCAGAGGUAUGCCUGGUCCUUGGAUUUCUUGCCGUGGGCAUCUUCCAGGCUCUCUUUUUGUAUCAACUCGAGCUAAAACGAAUCUGGUGAAAAACGAUGGACAACAUAAAGAAGUUAAAGGCAGUGGGGAAACUAAGUAGUGCCUGUAAUGUUGUAAUAAUAACAUAUAUAUAUAUAGCUCGUUCGCUCACUAUUUGUCUUCCCUAUCUUGUAAAUUCCUGGUCUUCUGGUCUGGUAGCAGCUGCUGAAUUGUUCUGAGUCAGCUGUAGCUUCUUUUUCUUCCUUAACCCUGCCGCAUUAACACAGGUUGACACGAUAUGAUCAUACCGUCUUGUGAUUUCAGUUGUUGGAUGCAUGAGAUGAUUGUAUUUUAAAUAACAUCUACAUCUGCAUCCGAUGGGCUGAGUUUGCAGAUGGCAUGAUCCAAGUGGUGUUAGUUCGAGCUGUAGCCUACCCGUAUCAGCAAAGUAGCAGAAUCCCAACUGCAAAAAAAAGACGAGAAACAAGGUUGCCACUUUGGGACAAUCCCCUUCCCCCUGAAGUUAGAAUGCUCGUUAAUUGGCUGUGGCACGCGAUCUGCCGGCCAAUAACUAAACAUAAGAACGACAAGUCAUCGGAUUCAAAGGACAAACGAAAGCGGGACACGCAUCCACCACUUUGCCUAGAAAGUACUCGUGAGCAAUUUAUAUGCACUGCUCUCAGUUCCAUUUACACGAUCUUUGGCCGGCUUUAGUAAUGGUGGUGGGUUUAGGUUGUCGGCUUUCGGCAAUGGAGGUCUCUGCCUAUAUGCCAAAUCUCAUUUUUUGGACGGCCACGACGAAAUGGUAACCUAUCAAAUCAAUGAUGUUGGUGUUUGGCCAGAAAAGGGGACUGUUUUGUUAUACUUGGUUUGCUGGAGCACUGAACUCAUGAUGGAAGUUUGGUUUUUCAAGUGAUCUUAUUGAUUGUAGGGCUAAGGUUUUAUACUAGGGUUGAAGGGUAGUUACAGUCUUGUACCAUGUAAUGUUUACAAGUGAUAAGUUUGUGUUUGUCUUCUAAACUUUCAAAUCGUUUUACUAUGCAACUUUUGUUUAAUGUACCCUACCAUCCAAAAUAUUUGUCGAGUUUUCGUUGCUUAUGGUUUCACAAUGGUUCAUACUGAGAGAGAGGAGAUGAACAAGUUAUCCUUCUUUAUUCUUACCCUUGGACUAGAUGACAUGAAAAGAAUGCAAGGAGGUCGUCACUUCGAGAGCCUCCAAAUCACAAAUCUCCAUAGAAGGCAAAUGCCAACAAAAAAAAAUCUUGGAUCUUGCUUGGGUAUGGUUAGUUGGUCAAAGCUCAAAAUCAACUAAUGACUUCAUGGUUGACGUAAUUCGAGCCCGAGAAGGUAGCAGAAGAUACUGAAAAGAAAAAUUUAUGUUUUUAGAAGAUAAAUGAACAUCCAAAACAAAUUUCGAAAAUAAGCUCAUCGCAAACAAGGCAUGUGUCAUCCUAUGAGUUACGUCAUACCUCUGCCGAAGAUCCGGAACUUGUUUGUUAGUUCCAUAUAGUAAAGUAAAUUUGGCCAUCAGAC